UUUAUUAUGACACUAAGGUGGUUUAUUAGUGCUCCCUGGUGGAAUCGUAGGGAUUUGUAAAAUAAUUCUCAAUGAUGCUACACAGUCGACAUUUGAAACUCCUCGUGAUCGGAUAUGCCUUCAGAAAAUGAAACUUCACCAGUUGUGCAAACUACGCACGGAAAAGUUCGGGGCGCACUUUUAAAAUCUCCUUACUGUUCACCAUUCUACGCUUUUGAUGGAGUCCCCUACGCUCAGCCCCCAGUUGGAUCCUUGAGAUUCAAGGAACCCCGCGAGGUGAAGCCUUGGAGCGGAAUUCUCGAUUGCACCCAGCCCCCUAAUUUUUGUCUUCAAUCCGAAAAAUAUGUUGGGAAGGUGAAGGGAUCAGAGGAUUGUCUUUACUUAAAUAUUUCAGUGAAAACAUUCCGUAGCGCCAAACCUUUACCUAUUAUGGUUUAUGUACACGGAGGCGCGUUCCGGCGCGGUGAUAACUUGAGGCAGUCCAUGGGUCCAGAUUAUUUGAUGACGGAGGAUGUCAUUUAUAUUGCAAUCGGCUUUCGUUUAGGAGCUUUUGGCUACCUUAGUUUUUCAGAUCCUUCUCUGGGGAUCCCUGGAAAUGCAGGUCUAAAGGACAUCAUCCAAGCUCUGCGGUGGAUUAAGGCCAACGCCGGCAACUUCAAUGGCGACCCCGAAAGGGUUACCCUCUUUGGCCACAGCUCUGGUAGCGUUUCUGUCCAAUGGCUCCUGGCUAGUCCCCAGACAGAAGGACUCUUCCAAAAAGCAAUUCCUAUGGCCGGCUAUUGCAUGGAGUUAUAUCGCCUACCAAACUUGGAAUACCGCCUGGCCAAAAAUUUAGGCUAUGAAGGCGAAAACAUCGACAAGAAAGUUUAUGAAUUCCUAUUGAAGGCGGAUCCAAACAAACUAGCAAUGGCCGACGUAUUAACUCCUGAAGAGAAGAAAAAGGGGGAAAUUCUAGACUUUAUACCCUGCGUGGAACCUUAUGCCACAUCCGGAGCAGUUGUGCUGGCAGCACCCACUGAACUGCUUCGCACUUCUUGGAGCAAUCGAAUUCCCAUCGUCCUGGGAACUUGCUCUGAGGACGGAUUGUAUCAUGUCAUGGGCUUGAAAAACGAUGGAGCCAAGGUUCUUCCAGCUUUCCAGGAGUAUCCUGAACGCGUACUGCCUUGGACCCUAAAGUGGCAUUAUGACUCCGAUCAGAAACGUCAAGUGGGGGAGCAGUUUCUGGACUAUUUUUGCCAGGCUCAUGGAAAUCAGUUGACCCUUGAGCACGCGGAUGCCUUGGAAAAACUGUUCACCCACAACUUAGUGCAUUCGCAGAAUCGUCUUAUCCUUUCCAGACUGGCCUAUGCUAAGGCACCAACAUAUCUCUACCGAUUCGCUUUCGAUUCUCCAGAUUUUAACUUGUAUCGGAAACGUUGUUUCCUGGACGUGAAUCAGAGGGGCGUUUGUCAUGUGGACGAACUGUCGUAUCUCUUCGUGAUGCCGACCACCUUCAAGUUGGAAAAGUCUCGACCAGAGUACACUGCCAUCUGUCGGAUGGUUGCCAUGUGGGUGUCCUUUGCUUCUACCUCGGAUCCUAACUGUGCAAUUACUAAACCUCUGGUGAAUUGGAAACCUCUUACUCAAUCAGAGCCCCAUUUACUUCUUAACAUUGAUGAGGAGUUAAAGAUUAUCCCACAGCCUGAGUUUUCAAAGCUAAAGUUCUAUGAUCGCCUGUAUGAUCAAGCAGACAUACCUUUAUUUUAGGGUAAAAAUCACUGUGGACGGAAGUCCACGAGGUGACGACCUGCAUGCCUAGGCGUGCGCGAGGAAACUCUAUAUAUAGCCGAAGAAUUAAAAAUUUUCUGUAGGCAACCGAUCUA